AUGGCCUCACUGCUACCGAUACGAGCGUUCAGGACCGCUUCCUGCUCCGCAUGCCGCUCUCUCAUCUCCUCUGGCCCGGCUCAGCUUGCCCUUCCUCUCUCUCGCCGCAACUAUUCAACGCCCGCGGAACAGGAACCAGUCGACUACACAAACAAGCCGCGAUGGUCGUACACGCCCCCCCGCGCGAAGGCUCCUUUCUCCCUACACUUCGACUCCAAAAGGCCCGACUUUCCCGUCAACUCCGACCCUCAGGUUCUCGACCAGUUCUACAUUCGCUUCUUAGGCGAGGGCGGCGACAAGGUUCUCUCCGACGAGGUCAAAUGGCUUGCAGUGACGCACAAGAGUUUCGACCAGGGCCGAAGGGGUUUCAAUGACCGCUUGGCUUUCUUGGCGCAGAGCGCUUCGAACUCCUAUGGGCAGCCCGCCCCUGACCGUUAUGGCCGGAAGCCAUUCGAGCACCCAGCACUUAAUGGGUUAGAAAACCUAUCUAUCAACACGAAGCGAUUUCUUACGGACAAGUCGAAGCUUGCCGAGGUUGCGCGGCAAUAUGAUUUAGAAAAAGUGUUGAGAUGGUGCCCUCGAAAGCCCACAAACCUCGAAGCAUCUGGCGUCGAAGUCGUCCUUGCGCACACACUUUACGCACUAAUUGGCGCUCUUUCUCUGGAGAAGGGCAACCUAGUUGCCAACAAGGUUGCACGAGAGCGGAUAUUAGCACCUCUGGGGUUCCAGGUGACGGUAUAA